AUGGCCGCCUCAUCCCGAGCCCUGCGCCGACUUGCGCCGACUCAAUUGAGCGCCGGUGCACCCGCGCCGCGUAUCGCGAGCCGCUUCCUCUCGACGUCGUCUCGCAAUGUCUUUGCGGCGCCCUCCAGAUCCACCCUCGCGGCCCGGCCGACGAGGACUGUUGCCCGCCAAUUCAGGAGACAGUACGCCGAUGCCGCUCCCGUCGCGGCGCCCAAGAAGCCGAGGAGGUUCCGGACCCUGCGCUGGAUCUGGAGGCUGACCUACCUCUCCGCCCUCGGCGGCAUUGUCUGGAUAGGCUACGGCGUCUACCAAGACAGGCACCCGGAGCCGCAGUUUGAGGCUGAUCCCAACAAGAAGACCCUCGUCGUCCUAGGAACCGGCUGGGGCUCAGUCUCUCUCCUCAAGCAGCUCGACACCGAGAACUACAACGUCAUCGUCAUCUCUCCUCGCAACUACUUCCUCUUCACCCCCCUGCUGCCGUCAUGCACCACCGGUCUGAUCGAGCACCGCUCCAUCAUGGAGCCCAUCCGCUCCAUCCUGCGCCACAAGCGCGCCUCUGUCAAGUUCUACGAAGCCGAGGCCAGCUCCAUCGACCCGGACCGCAAGGUUGUCAAGAUCUUUGACAACUCGGACGUCAAGGGUGACGUCGUCGAGACCGAGGUGCCCUACGACAUGCUCGUCCUCGGCGUCGGCGCCGAGAACUCCACCUUUGGCAUCCCUGGUGUCCGCGAGCACUCGUGCUUCCUCAAGGAGAUUGGCGAUGCCCAGCGCAUCCGCAAGAAGAUCAUGGAUUGCGUCGAGACCGCCGCCUUCAAGGACCAGAGCCCCGAGGAGAUCGACCGCCUGCUGCACAUGGUCGUCGUCGGCGGUGGCCCCACCGGCGUCGAGUUCGCCGGCGAGCUGCAGGACUUCUUCGAGGAGGAUAUCCGCAAGCUCAUCCCCGAGAUCGCCGACCGCUUCCGCGUCACCCUCAUCGAGGCCCUGCCCAACGUCCUGCCUAGCUUCUCCAAGCAGCUGAUCGACUACACCGAGAGCACCUUCAAGGAGGAGAAGAUCGACAUCAAGACCAAGACCAUGGUCAAGAACGUCACCGACAAGACGGUCGAGGCCGAGGUGACCGGCCCCGACGGCAAGAAGGAGCGCGUCAAGUUCAACUACGGCCUGCUCGUCUGGGCCACCGGCAACGCCGUGCGGCCCCUGAUCCGGGACCUCAUGGCCAAGAUCCCCGCCCAGAAGGACUCGCGCCGCGGCCUCGCCGUCAACGAGUACCUCGUCGUCCAGGGCACCCGCGACAUCUGGGCCGUCGGCGACUGCGCCGUCGCCGGGUACGCGCCCACGGCCCAGGUCGCCUCGCAGGAGGGCAGCUUCCUCGCGCGCCUCUUCAACAACAUGGCCAAGACCGAGGCCCUCGAGGCCAGCAUCCGCGACCUGUCCUCCUCGCUCAACCUCAAGCCGGGCAACUCGGCCGAGGUCAGCGCCCGCAUCGAGGAGCACGAGCGCCAGCUGCGCCGCAUCCAGGACGUCAAGCCCUUCCACUACUCCCACCAGGGCAGCCUGGCCUACAUCGGCAGCGAGAAGGCCGUCGCCGACGUCAGCUGGUUCAACGGCAACGUCGCCACCGGCGGCAGCCUGACCUUCCUCUUCUGGCGCAGCGCCUACCUGUCCAUGUGCUUCAGCAGUAAGUCUCCUUUUUCCCUCCCCGUUUUCUCUCUUUCUCACGUGCACCCUCCCGGCUCGCUUGGAUACCAGUUUGCUGACGAACCGACGCAAAACUUAGCCCGCAACCGCCUGCUCGUUAUCAACGACUGGGUCAAGUCCAAGGUCUUUGGCCGUGACGUUUCCCGAGAGUAA